GAUAGAAUUUGCACUGUUUGGCUUGAUUCAAUGAUUUGUACAUUUCACUGAAGCCAGGUUUUGACAGAUAACAAUCCAGAGGCCGACGGAUUAGCUUCAAUCAUGGAUGGAUCAACUAAACUUGUCAUUUUCAGUAUUGUGAUGCUGUUUGGAUCAUACCUCGCCGGAUCCAUUCCUCUCUUCAUCUCAUUCUCAGAGGAGAAACUCCAGCUUGUAUCUGUACUCGGAGCAGGAUUGUUGGUUGGUACUGCUCUAAGCGUGAUUAUACCGGAAGGAAUGGAAACUCUAAAUAUGGCCUACAGUGAAAAGCAUCACGGGCAUGGCGAGGAUAGAAAGGAUCACGAUAACCCUGUUCCUCAUCUUAUCGGAGUCUCUUUAGUUCUUGGAUUCAUAUUCAUGCUUGUAGUGGAUCAGAUUGCUGUAAGUAAGUCCCGUGAUAUAGAAUCUGGUGGUGCAGGGAGGAAAGGCAAUGUUUCCUGGACUGCAACAUUAGGCCUAGUUGUUCAUGCAGCAGCAGAUGGUGUUGCUCUUGGAGCUGCUGCAACUACUAAUCAGACGGAUGUAGAAAUGAUCGUGUUCCUUGCAAUAAUGUUGCAUAAAGCUCCCGCCAGCUUUGGUUUGGUUACAUACCUUCUCCACGAGGGAUUAGAGAGGAGUAGGAUCAGGAGACAUCUUUUAAUUUUCGCCCUGGCUGCUCCGGUUAUGGCUAUAGUUACAUUUCUUCUGCUCACCCUGCAUGGGAGAGAGAAUCUAGAUACAUUCAGUGCUACAGGUAUUGCUAUGCUGUUCUCUGCUGGAACAUUCUUGUACGUUGCAACAGUUCAUGUUCUGCCAGAGGUAACAAAUAUUGGGCACUCGCAUGGAGAACAAGCUGGAGGAUUUUCUAAAGCUGAACUAGCAAUGCUGGUCAUAGGAGCAGUUUUACCCCUUCUUCUUACAGUUGGACACCAUCACUAGCUGGUGUUCUUCUUACAGUUAGACACCAUCACUAGCUGGUGUUCUUCUUACAGUUAGACACCAUCACUAGCUGGUGUUCUUCUUACAGUUGGACACCAACAAUAACUGGCGUUCUUCUUACAGUUGGCCACCAUCAUUAUCUGGUGUUUUUCUUACAGUUGGACACCAUAACUAACUGGUGGUCUUCUUACAGUUGGCCACCAUCACUAGCUGGCGUUCUUCUUACAGUUGGACACCAUCACUAACUGGUGUUCUUCUUACAGUUGGACACCAACACUAGCUGGCGUUCUUCUUACAGUUGGACACCAUCACUAACUAGUGUUCUUCUUACAGUUGGACAUCAUCACUAGUUGGCGUUCUUCUUACAGUUGGACACCAUCACUAACUGGUGUUCUUCUUACAGUUGGACACCAUCACUAACCGGCGUUCUUCUUACAGUUGGACAUCAUCACUAGCUGGCGUUCUUCUUGCAGUUGGACACCAUCACUAGUUGGCGUUCUUCUUACAGUUGGACAUCAUCACUAACUGGCGUUCUUCUUAAGUUGGCCUCCAUCACUAGCUGGCGUUCUUCUUACAGUUGGACGUUAACACAAGACGGUUGUUUGAUCAUGUAGAAAACAAGAUUAUUUUUGUGUUAAUGAGCAUAGAAAAGGGGAAAAUUAAUUUUUUAGAGUUUGCACUCAACUAAAUUUCUGAAGGAUGUUCCAACGGUCAAUUUCAUGAACCGUUGCUCACCAAAAUGCUUCUCUUUAUUUUGUAAUUUAUCAUUUUACUUAACCGACAUUCCUUUGUUUUGUAGAUUCUUUACCGAUUUGAUUGAUUUUAGUCAGACUGAAAUAAUGUUAGCUGAUCAAAACCGGCCUAUAGUUAUAUUUAAUUUGGACAUAAAUGCAUAAUAAAAAAUGAUUCAAUGGAA